GCCUUCACUGUCUUUUAUGGAAUCGUAUUCAAAUAGAACUUAUUAUUCAUUAUAUUGGAAAACGCCAAUCGAGAUGAUGUUGAUUUUGAAAAAAAUGCAAGGCAUCCGAGAGAUUGCUUUGGCAAACAUUGUUGAACGAUACGGAAGGGUUGCGCUUUACACUUGCAUAGCUUUACUGAACGUAGAAACCUUUUCUGCUGUUGGUUUGAUGAUGGAUGUAGGAAAUAUUGGUGAUUAUGCUACUUCAUAUAUAUGUAUGAAUUUGGAGAUCAAGCUAGUUUUCGUUGAUGAUUCACGUCCUUAUAAAGUUAAAGCAAAGAAAGAACUUGAGGUUAGUAUUAAAAUAAUCAAGAACAUGUUACUUUUAAGAUCGGGUGGAGAAGAGGGAAUUGAUAAUACCGAAUAUGGAAGUUUUUGGUGUUGUUAG